AUCAAAGACAGUGCUACAUCCACCAGAGAUGUGCUUGAGCAGCAUUUCAGCGAUUUGAAGGGGACCCUGAAGAAGCUGCUGGACGAGCGGCUGACGUCGCUGCUGCAGGAGGUGGAUGUCAUCGAGCAGGAGAGCAUCAAGCCCCUGGACGAGUGCCAGAAGCUGAUCGAGCACGGGGUCAGCACGGCCGAUGAUCUGCUCCGGGAAGGAGAGAGUGCAGUCGAUGGAGAUGUGGGACAACAGAAUGAGAAACUUUGCAACUUUACAAAAAAAGCUUUACACAUUCAGCUAGAUAGCUUACCAGAAGUGCCUUCCUUGGUUGACGUGCCUUGUUUAUCUGCCCAGCUGGAUGACUGCCUCCUUACUAUAUUGAAAAAUCAAAUAUUCAGGCAUGGAACUGUGGCAUCCCGCCCACCUGUGCAGCUGGAGGAGUUUGUGGAAAAGCCUGGAGGUAUUUUAGUCCGAUGGUGUAAGGUGGAUGAAGAUUUCUCGGCGCAGGAUUACCGGCUGCAGUUCCGCAAGAGCCCGGGCAGCCCCUUUGAGGACGUGUACGUGGGCUCGGAGCCCGAGUUCCUGGUGCUGCACAUGGACCCCCACGUGGAUUACCAGUUCCGCGUGUGCGCGCGCAAUGGACAGCUGGUCUGGAGGGUUACAGCUUGAGCAGCCGAAGAAACAUAGCGCUCCGGAAUGAUUCUCAGUCCUGUGGUGUGCUCUACUCCAAAGCUCCCACCUAUUUCUGUGGGCAGACUUUAACAUUCAGGAUUGAGACCGUGGGGCAGCCGGACCGGGGGACAGCCUGGGCNCGGGACAGCCUGGGCGUGUGCGCGGAGCAGCGCAACGGCGACGAGUCCCUGCAGCGGGACCAGGCCGUGUGCGUCAGCACCAACGGGGCAGUAUUUGUAAAUGGAAAAGAGAUGACAAAUCAGCUGCCUGCUGUUACUUCUGGCUCCACUGUGACAUUUGACAUGGAAGUUGUGCAGUUUGGACCCUGCAGCAACGAGGGAGGAAACUUUAAGCUUCGAGUAACCAUCAGCUCUAACAACAGAGAAGUGGUCUUUGACUGGGUACUUGAUCAGUGCUGUGGCUCUUUGUAUUUUGGAUGUUCAUUUUCAUACCCUGGCUGGAAGGUUUUGGUCUUUUAGCAGUGAGUAAAGGGAUUUUUUUGUUCUUGCUGUAAAGUUAAUAGCUGAAUUUCCAGCUGUUUGACAACAAUCUGGUAACAAACCCCUGUCUUUAUAGUACUUGAACUCCACUAUAUUGUACUUCAUACUGGAUUCAUUUAAACAAUAAUUGUGAAACAUUGGAUUUGUUACUCCAGAAAAGCUAGAAACAAGCAUUUGUAGGCAAAUUAAUUUAAGCAGUCCAUCAUACCUUUCCCUUUUUUCCUCUAGACUUGAUUUUUGUCAGUAUUUCAUUGUACUCGUCUCAGGGUACGCGCGUUGUGUAGAAUUAACUUUGCUUAAAGCUGCUGCUCUGUGAAAUGAGUGUUUUAGGGGUGGUAAUGGACCAAAGUUGUAUUUCUGCCACUCAGAGCACAGUAUUUAGAGCAGUGAGGUCCUGCUGUGCUUCCUUGUGCAGAUGCUGCCUUAGGGGUCUGUGUGGGCAGCGGGGCUGCCUGCAGCAGCCGCCUCCUCAUGCACGGUACUGUUAUCCCUCUGCAGCAGGGAGCUCUGAGCCAGCCUGGGCUCGCAGGGAGCCAGCCUGUUCCUGUCUCACCUAAGUGCCUUAUUUCCAUGCUUCUUGAGCUGUUUUCUGUGUUGUCACUUGGAAUGUGUUUUCUGUAGUAGCUGCAUGGUGAUGCUGAUGUUGGCCAUGCACGGCUGCCUCAAGCAGACCAAGGCAGAGCAGGAUGUGAUCCUGAGCCUCCCUGAAUGGCUGCCCUGUUACAAUUCACACCGAGCCUGUGUCUGAGCAAGUCUCAGUGAUUUGGUACCUGAGCUCACCCUGUGGAUUGGCAGCUGUGCUUCCUCAGAGCCCUUCUAACACUCAGAGACAACCUUCUCUUACUGUGUGCCAACACAGGUGAUGUUGUGAUGUGCAGGAUUCCUGGCAAUCCCAGAUUCUGCCUGGGGACACUGGACUGCAUAGGCUCAGUGUCCAAGAGAACCUGUUCAGUGCAGGUGCAUGGCCCAAGCCCUGCAGCCUGACUGCAGCUGCUGCUGCUCCACCUGCAGGGAGGGAGAUGGGCUUUGGGUGGGCUUCAGGCAGGCCCUGCCUGCACAGAUUUAACCUGGGGCAGUCAGAAUUGAAGAGAUGGUGGUAAUUAAGGUGUCUCCUCCAUGGAGUAAGAUGGGAUAAAUAAUAGUGUGAAUUAAAUUACUUGGAAUUCAGAAGUUAUGUAAAGUUACACAUUUUUCCUCUAAGGAGCAACUAAGAUGGAUAGGCUCAGUCUCAAAGAGAGCCUAUUCCUGGUCAAAAGAUUGCAAUGCUACUGGAUUUAAGGAAUAUUUAAAAGUAACAUUCACUGAUGGGCUUACCUCAAGUUCAAUUAAAAUUAAAUAUAUUUUAUCAUGUUAGAGUAGCACUAUUUUUAUAAAGCCUAGACAAUCAUACUGCCUUUCCUUCAGUGGCAAUGUGCUACAUUAGCCCUCUAUGCUACUAUAAUAAGUUUAAAGCUUAAAGGCUUAUUUUACAAUUAAUUAACAUUGCCCAUACUCACACUGUCAGUACAAAAAUAUCAGCCACCCUGCCUGAAUUUUCCCCAAGAAGCUGUAGCAGGGGUACAAGAAUUUCAGACAAGGAGAAUGGUUGUUGGUAUUUAUACCAUUUACAGGAGAAAAAAAUGUGUGCAUUUAGAUGAGUGCAAAGAACCUGCACAAGGCAGAGUUGGGGUGGAAUGGGCAGGAAGACAAUGAAGUGAGGAAGACUGAGCUGCUGCAGGUCAGAUCAUCCACUGUUAGCCACAGAGGGCCUGCAGAACUCCUGGCUUUUCUAGCUUCACUAGUUCAGUGUUACAGAAAAAGAGAAUACUGGCAUAUCCUGUGCUUUCAAUGUUCAAUUCUCCUGUGAAGAGUGUUUUCAGUACCUUUACAUAAAGGUUCAGUAGUUGAAAGUGUCAGUCCUGCUCAGAGGGCUGGACAGGCACUCCAGACAGCAGCUGACUUAGAUCUUGCUCCAUGUAGUAGUGCUGGCAGUUCUACUUACACACUUCAGGUAUCAGGUACUAGUUGUAACUUAGUACUUCUACCAUAUGGAAAGUAAAAUUGUGAAUAUCCACACUCCUGAGGUACCAAUGGGUCAGGUACCUUUUCAUCUGCUCUUGGAGGGGCUGCUCAGACUAUAGAUUCUUCAGGAUAUUUACUUACAUAUUAGAAAAUAAAGCUUAAACUUUGAAUUCAGGUACUUCCAGAGGUGGCAAUGCCGUGUCAGGUUGUUCAGAAUAUUCAUAAAAGCAGCUGAAGAUGACUGUGAAGGGCCUUGAGAGGCCCCUACUGCUGCCUGGAGAGCUGGGGAGGGCAUGAGAAGUUUUUCUGCCUUCAGGCUUUAGCUGUGUGUUGAACGAAGGCAGUUUGCCAAUGGUUCUUUUGUUAUUGUGGUGGUUUUGUUUUUUAUUUGAACUUGGCACAAGCCUCGCUGUCCAAAUUGCCAAUGAGGUACUUUCAGCCACCUCUUGGAGCUGCACCUUGUGAACAGAGGAGGAGUGAAGAGUCUCAGGGCAAGAGACCCGAGCACCAAAGGAACAAAGGAUGCAAGGAGGCGGAAGAGGCUUGAACUAAAAGGUGAAAAUUCUGUUCUUCUGCAGCAGAGGUCAGCUGGAUGGAAAACUUGACACUUCCUUUACAAUUUGCACCUCUAGCUCUUGGAGCCCUGCAAGCAACAAAGUGUUAAUGGCUUAUGAAACCCAAUCCUGAAAGUUGUUUUCCUAAGCUAGUACAUUAACUUACCUCAACUAAGAUUUAUGUGUCAAGAGAAAUUUGAAUUUUUUUAAAUAAAAGUUUUAUCCCUCAACUGUG